AUGCCUUCUCCGGGCCUCGGAGUCCUCAGCCCGCAGCAGCUCGGAUUUGGCGGCUUAGCACUCUACCGCUUCCUUGGACCCGUGGCCGUCACGUCACUGGUGCUGUUUGUCGCCGCACUCAUCGUCAUCGCCUAUCGCCUCGUCUUGCACCCCCUGGCAUGCGUGCCCGGACCGAAGAUCGCGGCGCUUUCCAACAUCUGGUAUGCGUACCACGCCCGCAAUGGGCGCAUGCUGGAGCUGGGCAAGACGCUUCACAGGCGGUAUGGCCCUAUGGUGAGGGUUGGGCCGAAUGAGGUCUGGUUUGACUCAGUUGACGCGUUCAAGCACAUCUACAAGACGUUGGACCUCCUCUCGGAGCGCAACACUGCUCGAUACCGGCUGCAACGUCGACUCAUCGGGCCCCUCUACCAGACCAACCACCUCAAGCGCUACGAGCCCGCCCUCGAUGCGGUGCUGGCGCGCGUCAUCUCCACCCUGCGCGCCCUCGACGGCAAAGAGAUCGACUUGAAAGAGUGGAUGCACAUCAUCGCCGUCGAGUGCCUCUCCGCCCUCGUCAUCUCGUGGUCGCCCAACUACCUCAGGGACGGCACCGACCACAAGUCCAGCAGCCACGGGUACCAGGGCUGGCGCCGCAAGUCCGUCUUCGGCCUGUUCCCCCUGGCCGUCAAGGCCGAGCUCUUUUCGAAGGCCUUCGGCAGGGCGUUUGCCAACCUGUGGCGCGUGACGUACAGGACGCCCAAGAACUUCAAGCCCUUCUUCACGGGCGUGUACCGCCAGGUGUCCCGCCGCAUCACGAACUCCCUCUCCGGCAAGCCUGUGCCCAAGAACGACCGCAAGGAUGACUUCCUCACAGACCUGAUCCAGCUGCACAAGGACAAGCCGGAUUUCUCGGAGCAGUACCUCCGCCGCAUGGCCAUCACCAACUUCGGCGCCGGCCACGAGACCAUGUGCUCCGCCCUGACGUCCAUCAUGUCCAUGAUCGGCUCCCACCCGGACGUGCAGCGGCGGGUAUCCAACGAAGUCCGCGCCUCGCCCUCAGAUCCGAAGAGCUACGACAACGCGGUGCGUCUCGCGUACACCCAGGCCGCCAUCAAAGAGGCCCAGCGCCUCUACCCCGUCCUCGGCAUGUCGCUGCCCCGAACCGUGCCCCCCGAGGGCUUCACCGCCCACGACCAGUUCUUCCCGGGCGGGACGACAGUCGGAUGCAAUCCCGUCUCGCUGCACCGCAACACGUCGAUCUUUGGGCCUGACGCGGAGGGUUGCAAUCCGGAUCGCUGGCUGGACGAGGAGAGGGACGUCAGGGGUAUGGAGCGGUUUAAUCUCACAUGGGGCGGGGGCGGAAGGAUGUGUCCCGGGCGGCAUCUGGCUGAGCUGGUUGUGUACAAGACGAUACCGGCUUUGAUGGAGCAUUUUGACGUCGAGGUGACGAUGCCGCCGGAGGAGGAGAUAGAGUACUACUUCAUGGCUAUGCUCACAGGCGUGAGGGCUCGUUUCUUGCCGAAGAAGACGGGGUAA